CAUGAUGUUAUUAACCUUUUUCUUUUUGGUACCAAUAUGUAACGAUAAAUACACAUUCGGAAUACAGUUGUACAUUUUUGUACAGAAUCCGUCUGGCCUAUGUAGCAUGAUGCUAACGCUCUCUUGUUUGACUCUAGGAUAAUGGCUGCUAACGUAGGGUCCAUGCGCAUCCUCAUCAAGGGGGGCAAGGUGGUGAACGAUGACUUCACCCAGGAGGCCGACGUCUACAUUGAGAACGGGGUCAUCCAACAGGUGGGGAAGGAGCUGAUGAUCCCAGGGGGCGCUAAGGUGAUCGACGCCACGGGCAAGCUGGUGUUGCCGGGCGGGAUAGACACCAGCGUGCACCUGCAGCAGACCUUCAUGAACGCCACCAUCCAGGAUGACUUUUACAGCGGCACCAAGGUAGGCAUACACCUGUAG